AUGAAACACAACGUCAACACAGUGAAAAAGACGGUCACAGGGAGACACAGCUGCAGACGAGCAGCCGACACUGCCGAGCGGAGGAGCAGCAGCAGCCCCAGGACUCUGGGACCUGUGGGGACAACACGCCCUGCGCAGCCCGGCGGGGGACGCGGCCCCAGCAAGCCCAGGGCGGUGUUUGCCAAGGAGCAGCCAGAGCACAGCGAGGUGCGGGCCGAGGCGGGGGCCAGCGCCACGCUGAGCUGCGAGGUGGCCCAGGUGCAGACGGAGGUGACGUGGUACAAGGACGGGAAGCAGCUGAGCGCCAGCCCCCAAGUGCGCGUGGAGGCAAAGGGGAAGCAGAGGCGGCUGGUGGUGCCGCAGGCGGGCAGGGCGGACGCCGGGGAGUACAGCUGCGAGGCCGGGGGCCAGAGGGUCUCCUUCCGCCUGGACGUCACAGAGCCCAGGGCGGUGUUUGCCAAGGAGCAGCCAGAGCACAGCGAGGUGCGGGCCGAGGCGGGGGCCAGCGCCACGCUGAGCUGCGAGGUGGCCCAGGCGCAGACGGAGGUGACGUGGUACAAGGACGGGAAGCAGCUGAGCGCCAGCCCCCAAGUGCGCGUGGAGGCAAAGGGGAAGCAGAGGCUGCUGGUGGUGCCGCAGGUGGGCAGAGCGGACGCCGGGGAGUACAGCUGCGAGGCCGGGGGCCAGAGGGUCUCCUUCCGCCUGGACGUCACAGAGCCCGAACCUCAAGUUCCAGAGAGACCUGGCCACAGGGAGCCUCUGGUGGUCAGGGAGCAUGAAGACAUCGUCCUGACUGCCACGCUGGCCACACCGUCCGUGGCCGCGGUGACAUGGCUCAAGGAUGGCGUGGAGAUUCGCAGAAGCAAGCGGCACGAGACGGUCAGCCUGGGGGACACCCACACACUCACGGUGCGUGGCGCCCAGGUCUCAGACAGCGCGGUCUACAGCUGCCGUGUGGGUGCCGAGGGCCAGGACUUCCCGGUGCAGGUGGAAGAGGUGGUGGCCAAGUUCUGCCGGGCCCUGGAGCCCGUCAGCGGGGAGCUGGGCGGCACGGUGACGCUGGCCUGUGAGCUGAGCCCUGCACAGGCCAAGGUGGUGUGGCGCUGCGGGAGCGCACAGCUGCGGCCUGGCAAGCGCUUCCAGAUGGCGGCCGAGGGGCCCCUGCGCUCGCUCACCAUUUCCGGGCUGCGCGCGGAGGACGCGGGGGAGUACGUGUGCGAGAGCCGUGACGACAGCACCAGCACGCACCUCACGGUCAGCGUGCCCCGUGUGGUCAAGUUCACCUCGGGGCUGAGUCCUGUGGUCGCGGAGGAGGGCUGCGAGGCUACCUUCCAGUGCGUGGUGUCCCCCAGCGAUGCGGUGGUCACUUGGUACAGGGAGGGCGCUGUGCUGCAGCCCAGUGAGAAGUUUGUCAUAGCGCAGAGCGGCGCUGGCCAUAGCCUGACCAUCUCGGGCCUGGUGCUGGAGGACUCGGGCCAGAUCACGGUGGAGGCAGAGGGCGCCUCCUCCUCCGCUGCCCUGCGGGUCCGAGAGGCGCGGGUGCUGUUCAAGAGGAAGCUGGAGCCGCAGACGGUGGAGGAGCGGAGCUCGGUGACCCUGGAGGUGGAGCUGACGCGGCCGUGGCCCGAGCUGCGGUGGACGCGGAACGCGGUGGCCCUGGCGCGGGUGCGCCAGGUCCGCCUCGUGCGGGGCCUGCAGGAGGUGCAGGCGCGGGAGCAGGGCGCGGCCACCAUGGAAGUGGAGCUGUCCCACGCCGACGUGGAGGGCACCUGGACUCGCGACGGCCUGCGGCUCCAGCCGGGGCCCACGUGCUUCCUAGCCGUGCGCGGCCCCACGCACACCCUCACGCUCGCGGGGCUGCGGCCGGAGGACAGCGGCCUGGUGGCCUUCAAGGCGGAGGGCGUGCACACGUCCGCGCGGCUCGUCGUCUCGGAGCUGCCUGUGCGGUUCACCCGCCCCCUGCAGGACGUGGUGACCACCCAGAAGGAGAGGGUGACCCUGGACUGUGAGCUGUCGCGUCCCAACGUCGACGUGCGCUGGCUGAAGGAUGGCGUGGAGCUGCGGGCGGGCAAGACGGUGGGCGUGGCGGCCCAGGGCGCCUGCAGGAGUCUGGUCAUCUACCGCUGCGAGUUCUCGGACCAGGGCGUCUACGUGUGUGACGCUGGGGACGCCCAGAGCUCCGCCUCCGUGAAGGUGCAAGGAAGGAGAUACACGCUCAUCUACUGGAGGGUCCUGGCGGAAGACGCAGGAGAAAUCAAGUUUGUAGCGGAAAACGCAGAAUCUAGAGCCCAGCUCCGAGUGAAAGAGCUGCCGGUGACCCUCCUGCGCCCGCUGCGGGACAAGAUCGCCAUGGAGAAGCACCGGGGCGUGCUCGAGUGUCAGGUGUCCCGGGCCAGCGCCCAGGUGCGGUGGUUCAGGGGCAGCCAGGAGCUGCAGCCCGGGCCCAAGUACGAGAUGAUCAGUGAUGGCGUCUACCGCAAGCUGGUCAUCAAAGACGUGCAGCCUGAGGACGAGGACACCUACACUUGCGAUGCCGGUGACGUCAAGACCAGCGCCCAGUUCUUUGUGGAAGAGCAAUCCAUCACCAUCGUGCGGGGCCUGCAGGAUGUGACGGUGAUGGAGCCCGCCCCUGCCUGGUUCGAGUGCGAGACCUCCAUCCCCUCGGUGCGGCCACCCAAGUGGCUCCUGGGGAAGAUGGUGCUGAAGGCAGGACCGGACGUGAGCCUGGAGCAGGAGGGCACGGUGCACCGGCUGACGCUGCGGCGGACCUACUCCACCAUGACCGGGCCCGUGCACUUCACCAUCGGCAAGUCCCGCUCCUCCGCCCACCUCGUGGUCUCAGACAUCCCCGUGGUCCUCACGCGGCCUCUGGAGCCCAAGACGGGGCGCGAGCUGCAGUCGGUGGUCCUGUCCUGUGACUUCCGGCCACCACCCAAGGCCGUGCAGUGGUACAAAGAUGACACACCCCUGUCUCCCUCCGACAAAUUCAAGAUGAGCCUGCAGGGUCAGAUGGCUGAGCUGCGUGUCCUCCGGCUCACUCCCGCCGACGCCGGCGUCUACCGGUGCCAGGCGGGCAGUGCCCAGAGCAGCGCCGAGGUCACCGUGGAAGCACGGGAGGUGAUGGUGACGCAGCCGCUGCAGGACGCUGAGGCCCCAGAGGAGGGCCGGGUCAGCUUCUCCUGCGAGCUGUCCCACGAGGACGAGGAGGUCGAGUGGUCGCUCAAUGGGGCACCCUUGUACAACGACAGCUUCCACGAGAUCACACACGAGGGCCGGCGCCACACGCUGGUGCUGAAGAGCGUCCGCCUGGCGGAUGCGGGCACAGUGCGCGCAGCCUCCCCAAAGGUGUCGGCCUCCGCCCGCCUGGAGGUCCGAGCGAAGCCGGUGGUGUUCCUGAAGGCGCUGGACGACGUGUCCGCAGAGGAGCGCGGCACCCUGGCCCUGCACUGUGAGGUGUCCGACCCUGAGACCCGCGUGGUGUGGCACAAAGAUGGUGUGCCACUGGGCCCCAGCGACAAGUACGACUUCCUGCACACGGCCGGCAUGCGGGGGCUGGUGGUGCAUGACCUGAGCCCGGAGGACGCCGGCCUGUACGCCUGCCAUGUGGGCAGGGAGGAGACCCGAGCCCGGGUCAGCGUGCACGACCUGCACGUGGGCAUCACCAAGAGGCUAAAGACGACGGAGGUGCUGGCAGGUGACAGCUGCACCUUUGAGUGCGUCCUGUCCCACGAGAGCACCGGUGACCCAGCCACGUGGACGGUUGACGGGAAGACAGUGGGCAGCUCCGGCCACUUCCGGGCCACGUGCCAGGGCCGGAAAUACAUGCUGACGGUCACCGACGCUGUGCCCAGCGAUGCCGGGGAGGUGGUCUUCUCUGUGCGGGGCCUCACCUCCAAGGCCUCGCUCAUCGUCAGAGAGAGGCCGGCGAACUUCACGAAGCCCCUGGAAGACCAGCGAGCCGUGCUGGGGGAGGACGCGGUGCUGUACUGCGAGCUCUCGCGGGCGGGCGCCCCCGUGCGCUGGCUGAAGGACGGCAAGGCCAUCCGCAAGAGUCAGAAGUACGACGUGCUCGUCGACGGCACGCAGGCCACGCUGGUCGUCCGCGGGGCCUCACUCAAGGAUUCGGGCACAUACACGUGUGAGGUGGAGGAUGCCAGGAGCACAGCCAGCCUCCGCGUGGAAGAAAAGGCAAACCGGUUCACGGAGGAGCUGGCCGACCUGCGUGUGGAGGAGAAGGGCACGGCUGUGUUCACGUGCAAGACAGAGAGGCCCGCGGCUGCGGUGACCUGGCGCAAGGGCCUCGCGGAGCUGCGGGCCUCAGGGAAGCACCGGCCCAGCCAGGAGGGCCUGACGCUGAGGCUCACCGUCACUGCCCUGGAGAAGGCAGACAGCGACACCUACACUUGCGACAUCGGCCAGGCCCAGUCCCAGGCCCGGCUCCUGGUGCAAGCUGGCCAGAGCGUGCGCAUCAUCGAGGACCUGGAGGACGAGGACGUGCGGGAGGGCUCCUCGGCCACCUUCCGCUGCCGGGUCUGCCCCGCCGACUACAAGCCCGUGUACUGGUUCCUGGACAAGACGCCCCUGCACCCCAACGAGCUCAACGAGAUCGAGGCCCAGCCCGGGGGCUACCACGUGCUGACGCUGCGGCAGCUUGCACUCAAGGACUCGGGCACCAUCCACUUUGAGGCAGGCGACCAGCGGGCCUCGGCUGCCCUCCGGGUCACUGAGAAGCCGAGCAUCUUCUCCCAGGAGCUCACAGACACCACGGUCACAGAGGGCGAGGACCUGACCCUCACGUGUGAGACCAGUGUCCCGGACAGCCCCGUGUGCUGGACCAAGGACGGGAAGACCCUGCGGCCGUCCGCCCGGUGUCAGCUGAGCUACGAGGGCCGCCGGGCCCAGCUGGUCCUCAGCGGGGCCACCCCGCAGGACGGCGGGCGCUACAAGUGCGAGGCCCGGGGGGCCUGCUGCAGCGCCAUCGUCAGGGUCCACGCCCGGCCGGUGCGGUUCCAGGAGGCCCUGAAGGACCUGGAGGUGCCAGAGGGUGGCGCUGCGACGCUGCGCUGCAUCCUGUCGUCUGUGGCCGCGCCUGUGGAGUGGCGACGCGGGGACAGCAUCCUAAGAUCGGGUGACAAGUACAGCCUGCGCCAGGAGGGUGCCGUGCUGGAGCUGGUGGUGCGGGCCCUGCAGCCCCAGGACAGCGGGCAGUACUCAUGCUCCUUCGGGGACCAGGUGACGUCGGCCACGCUCACCGUGAAAGCCCUGCCCGCCCAGUUCACAGGGAAACUGAGAGACAAGGAGGCCACGGAAGGGACUGUGGCCUCGCUGCGGUGUGAGCUGAGCAAGGCGGCCCCUGUGCAGUGGAAGAAGGGGGCCGAGACCCUCAGAGAUGGGGACAGAUACGGAAUGAGGAGGGACGGGACCCGAUGUGAGCUGGAGAUCCGUGGCCUGGCCGUGGCGGGCUCGUGCGUGUGCGGGGAGGAGAGGACCUCGGCCACGCUCACCGUCAGGGCCCUGCCUGCCCACUUCAUAGGAAGACUGAGAAACCAAGAGGCCACAGAAGGCACCACGGCCACGCUUCGGUGUGAGCUGAACAAGGUGGCCCCCGUGGAGUGGCGGAAGGGGCCCGAGACCCUCAGAGAUGGGGACAGAUAUAGCCUGAGGCAGGACGGGGCCUUGUGUGAGCUGCAGAUCCGUGGCCUGGCCGCGGUGGAUGCCGGGGAGUACUCGUGCGUGUGUGGGGAGGAGCGGACCUUGGCCACGCUCACCGUCAGGGCCCUGCCUGCCAAGUUCACAGAGGAUCUGAGGAAUGUAGAGGCCACAGAAGGGGCCACGGCCAUGUUGCAGUGUGAGCUGAGCAAGGCAGCCCCUGUGGAGUGGCGAAAGGGGCCCAAGACCCUCAGAGAUGGGGACCGAUACAGCCUGAGGCAGGACGGGGCCGUGUGUGAGCUGCAAAUCCGUGGCCUGGCCGUGGAAGACACCGGGGAGUACUCGUGUGUGUGUGGGCAGGAGAGGACCACAGCCGUGCUCACGGUCAGGGCCCUACCUGCCAGGUUCAUAGAACACGUGAGAAACCAGCAGGCCACAGAAGGGGCUGUGGUCACGCUGCGGUGUGAGCUGAGCAAGGCGGCCCUCGUGGAGUGGAGGAAGGGGCCCGAGACCCUCAGAGAUGGGGACAGAUACAGAAUGAGGAGGGACGGGACGCGAUGUGAGCUGGAGAUCCGUGGCCUGGCCGUGGCGGAUGCCGGGGAGUACUCGUGCGUGUGCGGGGAGGAGAGGACCUCGGCCACGCUCACCGUCAGGGCCCUUCCUGCUCGAUUCAUUCAAGAUCUGAAGACCAUGGAGGCCACAGAAGGCGCCACAGCCACUUUGCGGUGUGAACUGAGCAAGGCAGCCCCUGUGGAGUGGAGGAAGGGGCCCAAGACCCUCAGAGCUGGGGACAGAUACAGCCUGCGGCAGGAUGAGGCCGUGUGUGAGCUACGGAUCCAUGGCCUGGCUGUGGCGGACACUGGAGAGUACUUGUGCGUGUGUGGGCAGGAGAGGACCUCGGCCACGCUGACUGUCAGGGCCCUUCCCGCCAGAUUCACAGAGCAUGUGAGAAAUCAAGAGGCCACAGAAGGGGCCACGGCCACACUGCGGUGUGAGCUGAGCAAGGUGGCCCCUGUGGAGUGGAGAAAGGGGCCCGAGACCCUCAGAGAUGGGGACAGGUACAGCCUGAGGCAGGACGGGACCACGUGUGAGCUGCAGAUCCGUGGCCUGGCCGUGGCGGAUGCUGGGGAGUACUCGUGCGUGUGUGGGCAGGAGAGGACCUCGGCCACGCUCACCGUCAAGGCCCUGCCUGCCAGGUUCAUAGAAGACAUGAGAAACCAGGAGGCCACAGAAGGGGCCACGGCCACACUGUGGUGUGAGCUGAGCAAGGCAGCCCUUGUGGAGUGGAGGAAGGGGACAAAAACCCUUAGAGAUGGGGACAGAUACAGCGUGAGACAGGACGGGACCCGAUGUGAACUGCAAAUCAGUGGCCUGGCUGUGGCGGAUGCCGGGGAGUACUCGUGCGUGUGUGGGCAGGAGAGGACCUCGGCCACGCUCACCGUCAGGGCCCUUCCUGCUCGAUUCAUUCAAGAUCUGAAGACCAAGGAGGCCACUGAGGGGACCACAGCCACUCUGCAGUGUGAACUGAGCAAGGUGGCCCCUGUGGAGUGGAGAAAGGAGCCCGAGACCCUCAGAGAUGGGGACAGGUACAGGCUGAGACAGGACGGGACCACGUGUGAGCUGCAGAUCCGUGGCCUGGCCGUGGCGGAUGCUGGGGAGUACUCGUGCGUGUGUGGGCAGGAGAGGACCUCGGCCACGCUCACCAUCAGGGCCCUGCCUCCCAAGUUCACAGAGGGUCUGAGGAAUGAAGAGGCCACAGAAGGGGCCACGGCCACGCUACAGUGUAAGCUGAGCAAGGUGGCCCCCGUGGAGUGGAGGAAGGGGCCCCAGAGCCUCAGAGAUGGGAACAGAUACAGCCUGAGGCAGGACGGGACCACAUGUGAGCUGCAGAUCCGUGGCCUGGCCGUGGCGGAUGCUGGGGAGUACUCGUGCACAUGUGGGCGGGAGAGGACCUCGGCCACGCUCACUGUCAAGGCCCUGCCUGCCAGGUUCAUAGAAGACAUGAGAAACCAGGAGGCCACAGAAGGGGCCAUGGCCACACUGUGGUGUGAGCUGAGCAAGGCAGCCCUUGUGGAGUGGAGGAAGGGGACAAAGACCAUCAGAGAUGGGGACAGAUACAGCGUGAGGCAGGACGGGACCCAGUGUGAGCUGCAGAUCCAUGGCCUCACCAUGGCUGAUGCCGGGGAGUACUCGUGCGUGUGUGGGCAGGAGAGGACCUCGGCCACGCUCACCGUCAGGGCCCUGCCUGCCCACUUCAUCAGAAGACUCAGAAACAAGGAGGCCACAGAAGGGGCCACAGCCACACUGCAGUGUGAGCUGAGCAAGGCAGCCCCUGUGGAGUGGAGGAAAGGUCCUGAGACCCUCAGAGCUGGGGACAGAUACAGCCUGAGGCAGGAUGGGGCUGAGUGUGAGCUCCAGAUCCAUAGCCUCACUGCGGCGGAUGCCGGGGAGUACUUGUGUGUGUGCGGGGAGGAGAGGACCUCGGCCACGCUCACCGUCAGGGCCCUGCCUGCCAGAUUCAUAGAAGACAUGAGAAACCAGGAGGCCACAGAAGGGGCCACAGCGAUGCUAUGGUGUGAGCUGAGCAAAGUGGCCCCUGUGGAGUGGAGGAAGGGGCCCGAGACCCUCAGAGAUGGGGACAGACACAGCAUGAGGCGGGACGGGACACGAUGUGAGCUGCAGAUCUGUGGCCUGGCCGUGGCGGAUUCCGGCGAGUACGCAUGCGUGUGUGGGCAGGAGAGGACCUCGGCCACACUCACCGUCAGGGAGGCCACAGAAGGGGCCACGGCCAUGCUACAGUGUAAGCUGAGCAAGGCGGCCCCCGUGGAGUGGAGGAAGGGGCCCGAGACCCUCAGAGAUGGGGACAGAUACAGCGUGAGGCGGGACGGGACGCAGUGUGAGCUGCAGAUCCGAGGCCUGGCCAUGGCGGAUGCCGGGGAGUACUCGUGCGUGUGUGGGCAGGAGAAGACCUCGGCCACGCUCACCGUCAAGGCCCCGCAGGUGCUGUUCCGGGAGCCGCUGCAGAGCCUGCAGGCCGAGGAGGGCUCGGCGGCCCGCCUGUGCUGCGAGCUGUCCGAGCCGGCCGCCGUGGUCUGGAGCAAGGGCGGCCUGGAGCUGGGCGCGGAUGCGCGCAGGGAGCCGCGGCUGCGGGGCCGCACCGCGGAGCUGGUGCUGCGGGACGUGCGGCGCGAGGACGCGGGCGAGUACACCUGCGCCUGCGGCUCCCAGGCCACCAGCGCCACACUCACCGUCACAGCCGCGCCCGUGCGCUUCCUCCGCGAGCUGGAGGCGCAGGAGGUGGCGGAGGGCGGCACGGCGCACCUGCGCUGCGAGCUGACCCGGCCGGGGGCGGGCGUGGAGUGGCGCAGGGGCUCCCUGCAGCUCUUCCCCUGCGCCAAGUACCAGAUGGUGCAGGAGGGCACGGUUGCCGAGCUGCUGGUGCGCGGCGUGGAGCCAGAGGACGCGGGUGACUAUACCUGUGACACGGGCCACACACAGAGUGUGGCCACCCUCUCUGUCCGUGCCCCCAGCCCCAAGUUCAAGACGGGGCUGCAGAGCUUGGAGCAGGAAGCAGGCAGCGUGGCCCGGCUGUGCUGUCAGCUCAGCCAGGCGGCGCCGGGGGCUGUGGUGCAGUGGCUGAAGGAGGGUGUGGAGCUGCGCGUGGGCCCCAAGUACGAGAUGCGGAGCCAGGGGACCACGUGUGAGCUGCUGGUCCGCGGGCUGGAGGCCAAGGACACGGGCGAGUAUGCCUGCGUGGUGGGCGGCCAGAAAACCGUGGCCUCCCUCAGGGUCAAAGAGCCUGAGGUGACCAUCGUUCGGGGUCUGGUCGACACGGAGGUGCAGGUGGACGAGGACGUGAAGUUCAGCUGUGAGGUGUCACGGGCCGGGGCCACGGACGUGCAGUGGCGACUCCAGGGCCUGCCGCUGCAGAGCAACGAGGUGACAGAGGUGGCCGUGCAGGAUGGCCGUAUCCACACACUCUGGCUGAAGAGCGUGACACCUGAGGAUGCCGGCACCAUCUCCUUCCACGUGGGCAGCCACACGUCCUCUGCCCAGCUCACCGUCAGAGCCCCUGAGGUGACCAUCCUGGAGCCCCUGCAGGACGUGCAGCUCAGCGAGGGCCAGGAUGCCCGCUUCUGGUGCCGGCUGUCCAGGGCCUCAGGCCAGGAGGCCCGCUGGGCUUUGGGAGGGGUGCCCUUGCAGGCCAACGAGAUGAACGACAUCACUGUGGAGCAGGACAACCUCUACUCACUCACCCUGCACAAGGUGACCCUCGAGGAUGCUGGAACCAUCAGUUUCCAAGUGGGCUCGUGUAGCUCUGAGGCCCAGCUGAAGGUCACAGCCAAGAACACAGUGGUGCGCGGGCUGGAGAACGUGGAGGCGCCCGAGGGCGGCGAGGCGCUGUUCGAGUGCCAACUGUCCCGGCCCGAGGUGGCCGCCCACACCUGGCUGCUGGACGACGAACCCGUGCGCACCUCUGAGAACGCCGAGGUGGUCUACUUCGAGAACGGCCUGCGGCACCUGCUGCUGCUCAAAAACCUGCGGCCGCAGGACAGCUGCCGGGUGACCUUCCUGGCCGGGGACAUGGUGACGUCUGCCUUCCUCACGGUCAGAGGUGACCGCGCUGGGCCGGUGCAGGGCAGGCGCUGGGACCCCUCCCCGCAGGAGGCUGGGCGCUCACUGCGCAUUGAGGCAGAGGGCGGCUGGCGCCUGCAGGUCCUGGAGGCCCCGCGGGACGCAGCGGUGCUCACCGGGGCGCAGGCCAGCUUCAGCUGCACGCUCAGCGAGGCGGUUCCCGUGGGUGACGCGUCCUGGUACAUCAAUGGGGCCGUGGUGCAGCCAGACGACGUCGACUGGACGGUCACCGCCGACGGCAGCCACCACGCCCUCCUGCUGCGCAGAGCCCAGCCACACCACGCGGGGGAGGUCACCUUUGCCUGCCGCGACGCUGUGGUCUCCGCGCGGCUCACCGUGCUGGGCCUCCCUGAUCCCCCAGAGGAUGCUGAGGUGGUGGGCCGCAGCAGCCACUCUGUGACGCUGUCAUGGGCGGCUCCCACAAGCGACGGAGGCGGUGGUCUCCGUGGCUAUCGUGUGGAGGUGAAGGAGGGGGCCACAGGCCAGUGGCGGCUGUGCCAUGAACUGGUACCUGGGCCUGAGUGCGCGGUGGACGGCCUGGCCCCUGGCGAGUCCUACCGCUUCCGUGUGGCGGCUGUGGGCCCGGCGGGCGCUGGGGAGCCAGUGUACCUGCCCCAGACCGUGCGGCUCGAGCCGCCGACGCCCGUGCCUCCUGCGCCCUCGGCGCCCGAGACCCGGCAGGCAGUGGAUGGCGAGGACGUCUGUUUGGAGCUUGAGGUGGCAGCCGAGGCCGGCGAGGUCAUCUGGCACAGGGGGACGGAGCGUAUCCAGCCGAGUGGGCGCUUUGAGGUAGUCUCCCAGGGAAAGCGACAGAUGCUGGUGAUCAGAGGCUUCACAGCGGAAGACCAGGGCGAGUACCGCUGCGUCCCCGCCCAGGGUCCUGCCUGCCCCGCAGCUGCCACGUUCCAGGUGGUGCUGAGCCCAGGCUCUGGGGAUGAGGCUCCACCGCAGCCCAGCUUACCCCCCGAGGCGGCCCAGGAGGGUGAUCUGCACCUGUUGUGGGAGGCCCUGGCCCGGAAGCGUCGCAUGAGCCGUGAGCCCACGCUAGACUCCAUCAGUGAGCUGCCAGAGGAGGAUGGCCGCUCACCGCGCCCGAGACAGGAGGCGGAGGAGGCAGCCCCUGACCUCUCCGAGGACUACUCCACGGCCGAUGAGUUGGCACGCACCGGAGAGGCUGACCUUUCACACACCAGCUCUGACGACGAGUCCCGGGCGGGGACCCCUUCCCUGGUUGCCUACCUCAAGAAGGCUGGGAAGCCUGGCACCUCACCACUGGCCAGCAAGGUUGAGGCCCCAGCAGCCCCCUCCCUGAAGCCGAAGAAGCAGCAGGAGCAGCUGCCUGCCAUGUACCCGGCACAGGGAGACCUCAGUGCCAAGGAGCUGGGUGAACCCUCCAUGGACAAGGCGGCCGUGAAGAUCCAGGCUGCCUUUAAGGGCUACAAGGUCCGGAAGGAGAUGAAGCAGCAGGAAGGGCCAGUGUUCUCCCGCACAUUUGGGGACACUGAGGCACAGGUGGGAGAUGUCCUGCGGCUGGAGUGUGUGGUGGCCAGCAAGGCAGAUGUGCGGGCCUGUUGGCUGAAGGAUGGUAUGGAGCUGACCGACGGGCGGCACCACCACAUCGACCAGCUUGGGGAUGGCACCUGCUCUUUGCUGGUCACCGGUGUGGGCCGUGCCGAUGCUGGCCGCUACACCUGUCAGGUGAGCAACAGGUUUGGCCAGGUGGCCCACAGCGCCUGCGUGGUGGUCAGCGGGACAGAGAGCGAGGCCGAGAGCUCAUCAGGGGGUGAGCUGGACGACGCCUUCCGCCGGGCCGCCCGGAGGCUGCACCGGCUCUUCCGUACCAAGGGCCCGGCUGAGGUUUCAGACGAGGAGCUCUUCCUCAGCGCUGACGAGGGCCCCGCGGAGCCGGAGGAGCCCGCGGACUGGCAGACGUACCGCGAAGACGAGCAUUUUGUCUGCAUCCGCUUCGAGACACUCCCCGAGGCCCACCGGGCAGUCACGCGCUUCCAGGAGAUGUUUGCCACGCUGGGCAUCGGGGUGGAGAUCAGCCUCAUGGAGCAGGGGCCCCGGGGGGUGGAGAUGCGCAUCGGCAAGGUGGCCCCCACCCCUGCAGCGCCCCAGGAGCCAGUGCCCAGCUUGCUGCCCUCUGAUGCUGCCGCCCCGGUGUUCCUGACUGAGCUGCAGAACCAAGAAGUGCAGGACGGGUAUCCCGUGAGCUUUGACUGUGUGGUGACCGGCCAGCCCCUGCCUAGUGUGCGCUGGUUCAAGGACGGGAAGCUGUUGGAGGAGGACGACCACUACAUGAUCAACGAGGACCAGCAGGGUGGCCACCAGCUCAUCAUCACAGCGGUGGUGCCUGCAGACAUGGGUGUCUACCGCUGCCUGGCCGAGAACAGCGUGGGUGUAUCCUCCACCAAGGCCGAGCUCCGAGUGGACUUGACAAGCACAGACUACGAAACUGCAGCUGACGCCACGGAGACCUCGUCGUACUUCAGCGCCCAAGGCUACCUGUCCAGCCGGGAGCAAGAGGGAACAGAGUCGACCACGGACGAGGGGCAGCUGCCCCAGGUGGUGGAGGAGCUGAAAGACCUCCAGGUGGCCCCUGGCACACGCCUGGCCAAGUUCCAGCUCAAGGUGAAAGGCUACCCCGCACCCACGCUGUACUGGUUCAAAGACGGCCAGCCCCUGACCGCCUCUGCCCGCAUCCGCAUGACCGACAAGAAGACCCUGCACACCCUGGAGAUCGUCUCAGUCACCCGGGAGGACACUGGCCAGUACGCGGCCUACAUCAGCAAUGCUGUGGGCGCCGCCUACUCCUCUGCCCGGCUGCUGGUCCGAGGCCCCGAUGAACCAGAAGAGAAGCCGGCAUCAGAUGUGCGUGAGCAGCUGGUGCCACCCCGCAUCCUGGAGAGGUUUACCCCCAAGAAAGUGAAGAAGGGCUCCAGCAUCACCUUUUCGGUGAAGGUGGAAGGACGCCCGGCCCCCACCGUGCACUGGCUCAGGGAGCAGGCCGGGAGGGGCGUGCUGUGGAUUGGCCCCAACACGCCGGGCUACACCGUGGCCAGCUCCGCCCAGCAGCACAGCCUGGUCCUGCUAGACGUGGGCCGCCAGCACCAGGGCACCUACACGUGCAUCGCCGCCAACGCUGCUGGCCAGGCGCUCUGCUCCGCCAGCCUGCACGUCUCUGGCCGUGAGUGCGGUGGGUGGGGGCGGGCAGGGUGGCCGGGCCAGGGCUCAGGAGGCAGGCACCAGGCGGCAUCAGAGCUCCCUGGGACACACCGAGAGCCUCUGGUGGCCGAGGAGGUCCGCAGCCACUUGUCCCUCGCCGAGGUGGGCACAGAGGAGUUCCUGCAGAAACUCACCUCCCAGAUCACCGAGAUGGUGUCGGCCAAGAUCACGCAGGCCAAGCUGCAGGUGCCUGGGUGUGACAGCGAUGAGGAGUCCAAGACACCAUCCGCGUCCCCGCGGCACGGCCGGUCGCGGCCUUCCUCCAGCGUCCAGGAGUCUUCCUCGGAGUCAGAGGACGGUGACUCCCGCGGUGAGAUCUUUGACAUCUACGUGGUCACGGCCGACUACCUGCCCCUGGGGGCCGAGCAGGAUGCCAUCACGCUGCGGGAAGGCCAGUAUGUGGAGGUCCUCGACUCGGCCCACCCGCUGCGCUGGCUCGUGCGCACCAAGCCCACCAAAUCCAGCCCGUCAAGGCAGGGCUGGGUGUCGCCUGCCUACCUGGACAAGAGGCUCAAGCUGUCGCCUGAGUGGGGGGCUGCCGAGGCCCCCGAGUUCCCUGGGGAGGCCAUGUCUGAAGAUGAGUACAAGACAAGGCUGAGCUCUGCCAUCCGGGAGCUGCUGAGCUCGGAGCAGGUGUUCGUGGGCAAGCUGCAGUUCCUGCAGAGCCACCACAUGCAGCACCUGGACCGCUGCCCCCACGUGCCCGCGGCCGUGGCCAGCCAGAAGGCCGUCAUCUUCCGCAACGUGCAGGACAUCAGCCGCUUCCACAGCAGCUUCUUGCAGGAGCUGCAGCAGUGCGACACGGACGACGACGUCGCCAUGUGCUUCAUCAAGAACCAGGCGGCCUUUGAGAAGUACCUGGAGUUCUUGGUGGGCCGGGUGCAGGCUGAGUCGGUGGUGCUCGGCACGGCCGUGCAGGAGUUCUACAAGAAGUACGCAGAGGAGGCGCUGUCGGCCGGGGACCCCUCACAGCCGCCCCCGCCGCCGCUGCAGCACUACCUGGAGCAGCCGGUGGAGCGCGUGCAGCGGUACCAGGCCCUGCUGAAGGAGCUGAUCCGCAACAAGGCUCGCAACAGGCAGAACUGCGCACUGCUGGAGCAGGCCUACGCCGUGGUGUCCGCCCUGCCGCAGCGCGCCGAGAACAAGCUGCACGUUUCCCUCAUGGAGAACUACCCGGGCACCCUGGAGGCCCUGGGCGAGCCCAUCCGCCAGGGCCACUUCAUCGUGUGGGAGGGCGCACCGGGCGCCCGCAUGCCCUGGAAGGGCCACAACCGCCACGUGUUCCUCUUCCGCAACCACCUGGUGAUCUGCAAGCCCCGGCGAGACUCCCGCACCGACACCUUCAGCUACGUGUUCCGGAACAUGAUGAAGCUGAGUAGCAUCGACCUGAACGACCAGGUGGAGGGGGACGACCGUGCCUUCGAGGUGUGGCACGAGCGAGAGGACUCGGUGCGCAAGUACCUGCUGCAGGCGCGCACCGUCAUCACCAAGAACUCGUGGGUGAAGGAGAUCUGCAGCAUCCAGCAGCGCCUGGCCCUGCCCGUGUGGCGGCCCCCGGAUUUCGAGGAAGAGCUGGCCGACUGCACGGCCGAGCUGGGCGAGACGGUGAAGCUGGCCUGUCGCGUCACGGGCACGCCCAAGCCCGUCGUCAGCUGGUACAAAGACGGGAAGCCGGUGGAGGUGGACCCGCACCACAUCCUCAUCGAGGACCCCGACGGCUCCUGCGCCCUCAUCCUGGACAACCUGACCGGCGUGGACUCCGGCCAGUACAUGUGCUUCGCGGCCAGUGCCGCCGGCAGCGCCAGCACGCUGGGCAAGAUCCUCGUGCAAGUGCCCCCGCGGUUUGUGAAGAAGGUGCGGGCGGCGCCCUUUGUGGAGGGCGAGGAUGCCCAGUUCACCUGCACCGUUGAAGGCGCCCCGUACCCCCAGAUCAGGUGGUACAAGGACGGUGCCCUGCUGACACCUGGCGGCAAGUACUGCAUACUGAGCGAGCCCCGCAGCGGCGUCCUGGCGCUGGCGAUCCGGGCAGCCGGCAAGGAAGACCUGGGCUACUACGAGUGCGAGUUGGUGAACCGGCUGGGGUCCACGCGAGGCGGCGCGGACUUGUCCCUGCAGAGCCCCGCACUGCGGGCCCGGGAGCAGCGCCACAGGGAGCAGCUCGUGGCCGCCAUGGAAGCCCCAGAGGUCAGGGGAACAGGCCACAGGUCGGGGCUGCGGUGGCCCCCCCACCCCGCCCCCCGCACGCACCUGCGGCGUGAGCUGCGCAUCCUGUCCCUAACCGGGGUUUUCGAGGCACGCAGAGAAGAGACCAUCACCACCGUGGUGAAGAGCCCCCGUGGCCGGCGACACUCGCCCAGCAAGUCCCCGUCCCGCUCACCUUCCCGCCGCUCCGCCAGCCCUCCCAGGCCAGGCCUGUUGGCCCCCGACCUGCUGUACCUGCCGGGGGCUGCCCAGCCCCGCAGGCCCGAGGCGGAGCCGGGCCGGAAGCCCCCCGUGCCCACGCUGUACGUGACGGAGCCCGAGGCCCACACGCCGGCCCCACCGGGGGGCGCAGAACCCCAGCCCAAGUGGGUGGAGGUGGAGGAGACCAUCGAGGUCCGGGUGAGGAAGACGGGCCCGCAGGGCGUGUCUCCUGCCAGAGAGGAGGCACCCGACAGCUCCUCAAGGCUGCCCUUCACGCUGCCCGGCAGGGACCCCAAUUCCAACAACUCCAACAACAAGCUGCUGGGCGUGGAAGCCAGGGUGCGGGGCCCGGCCGUGGUCCGCGUCGGGGAGCCCCUGGUCUUGCGCGUGGACGCCGGGGGCGGCGUGGACUGGGCCACUCCAGGCACAGCCAGCCCCGAUCUGCCGGAAGAGGCUGGGGCCCCCCUCGAGGAGGACGGAGGAGGGGAAGAGGGAGAGGAGGGAGCGGCCUUCAUGCUGGAGGAGCCCCCGGACGCUGACGGCCUUCAGGACCGCGACCUCAAGGUCCUCACGCACAACGGCCGCGCGCUGACCCUGGCUGACCUGGAGGAUUACGUGCCCGAGGAGGGGGAGACCUUCGGCUGUGGCGGCUCUGCCGUGCCCGGCGCCCCCGACGACCCGCCCUGCGAGGUCUCGGUGAUCCAGAGGGAGAUCAAGGAGCCCACCGUGGGGCAGCCCGUCCUGCUCAACGUGGGGCGCGCGCCGGGUCCCCGAGUUCCGCGCAGCUUCUUCAGGCCUGAGCCCCGGGGGCCGUCAUCGCUGCCGCCGUCCGGUCCCCAGGCCCACAGCCCCGAGGCUGUGUCCUUCCUCAUGCGGGAGGCCCGGGUCGGGCCCGUGGGUGCCGCUGCCCCCCGGACGCAGUCCUUCUGCACCCGGGUCCAGCGCUCUGCAGACAGCGGCCAGAGCAGCUUCACGAUGGAGCUUUCCACCCAGACGGUCGGCUUCGGGACAUGGCUCCGGCGACUCAGGCGGCCCAGGGCCCCUCUGCGUGCAGCCCUGGGCGGUCCCCUGGGGUGGCUGCUGCACCCGGCGCCCAGCGAGGCAGCCUGGGUGACCCAUGGUAGCUUGCUCACACUCACGGGCUCGCGGUGUGACCAGAACCGCAUGACAGCCACUUGUGGCCUGCCGGGGGCCGGGCAGGCCUUCUUGGGCUCUGGACAUUUGGGGCUGUUGCUGCGGCAGACAUGGGCUCAGAGGGGAGCCCUGGAAGGAGCCCCUCAGCAGGGGCUCGAAGACCGGGAAGAGGAGCAGGAGGGGGGCCAGGCAGAUGCCGCCCUGGAGGACGCUGUCCGCACCGCCCAGGACCGCGUGGACCCAGAGGUCGCGUCCGUCCCGCAGAGACCACACAGCCCCAAGCCGCUGGUCCCUUCCUCGGAGGACCUCGCGAGCCCUGGCCCCAGCCCUGGGGGGCCACCCGCACUCUCAGAGGCCUGUCCCCAGCUCCGAGGCGCAGGAGCCCCAGACGUACCCGGGCCCCUGGAGCCUGCUGCUCUGCCUGGCGACGUGCGGGGCCUGUCGAGGGGGGCAGCCCCCGGGGCCCAGCAGGCUUCCCGCCUGCCGCCACUCGAGCCCCUGACGGUGCCGCCACCGCCACCCCUGCCCCACGGAGGCCCGGAGCGGGAGACGGAGGCCGGCGUGGGGGCGCAGGAGCGGACCGUGCCCAUUCGGACGGAGGGCGCGGCCCGGCCGGCAGCAGGCGCGGGGGAGCUGCUCUGGGACGUCCACAGCCGCGUGGUUACGGAGACCACACAGACGACCUACGUGUACCGCGCCGUUGACGCCGGCGCCGCAAGGCCCCCGUCCAUGCAGGUAACCAUCGAGGAUGUGCAGGUCCAGGCAGGCGGCAUGGCACAGUUUGAGGCUGUCAUUGAGGGCAACCCGAAGCCCACGGUGACCUGGUACAAGGACAGCGUCCAGCUGGCGGACGGCGCCCGGCUCAGCCAGCGGCAGGAGGGCACCACGUACUCCCUGGUGCUGAAGGACGUGUCCCGGCAGGAUGCUGGUGUCUACACCUGCGUGGCCCAAAACACCGGUGGCCAGGUGCUCUGCAAGGCGGAGCUGCUGGUCCGUGGGGGGGACGACGAGCCCGGCUCCGAGAAGCAAAGCUCCCGCAGGAAGCUACACUCCUUCUAUGAGGUCAAGGAGGAGAUCGGAAGGGGCGUGUUUGGCUUCGUGAAAAGAGUGCAGCACAAAGGAAACAAGGUCUCGUGCGCCGCCAAAUUCAUCCCCCUGAGGAGCAAAACUCGGGCCCAGGCGUACCGGGAGCGAGAUGUCCUGGCCACCCUGAGCCACCCGCUGGUCACUGGGCUGCUGGACCAGUUCGAGACCCGGAAGACCCUCAUUCUUGUCUUAGAACUGUGCUCCUCCGAGGAGCUGCUGGACCGCCUGUUCAAGAAGGGCGUGGUGACGGAGGCCGAGGUGAAGGUCUACAUCCAGCAGCUGGUGGAGGGACUGCACUACCUGCACAGCCACGGCGUCCUCCACCUGGACAUAAAGCCUCCCAACAUCCUGAUGGUGCAUCCUGCCCGGGAAGACAUUAAAAUCUGCGACUUUGGCUUUGCCCAAAAUAUCACCCCGGCAGAACCGCAGUACAGCCAGUACGGUUCCCCCGAGUUUGUGUCCCCUGAGAUCAUCGAGCAGAGCCCCGUGAGCGAGGCCUCCGACAUCUGGGCCAUGGGCGUCAUCUCCUACCUCAGCCUGACCUGCUCAUCCCCGUUCGCGGGCGAGAGUGACCGCGCCACCCUCCUGAACGUUCUGGAAGGGCGGGUGUCUUGGAGCAGCCCCGUGGCCGCCCACCUCAGCGAGGACGCCAAGGACUUCAUCAGGGCCACGCUGCAGCGGGCCCCGGAAGCCCGGCCCAGCGCCUCCCAGUGCCUGGCCCACGCCUGGUUCCUGACCUCCGUGCCCGCGGAGGAGGCCCACUUCAUCAACACCAAGCAGCUCAAGUUCCUCCUGGCCCGAAGUCGCUGGCAGCGCUCGCUGAUGAGCUACAAGUCCAUCCUGGUGAUGCGCUCCAUCCCGGAGCUGCUGCGGGGCCCGCCCGACAGCCCUUCCCUGGCAGUGGCCCGGCACCUCCGCGGGGACGCCAGCAGCUCCUCCAGCUCCUCGUCCUCCGACAACGAGCUCGCGCCAUUCGCCCGGGCCAAGUCACUGCCGCCCUCCCCAGUGACCCACUCGCCGCUGCUGCACCCCCGGGGCUUCCUGCGGCCCUCGGCCAGCCUCCCCGAGGAGGCAGAGGCCGGUGCGCCCACCGUGGCCACAGCCCCUCCGGCAUCGCCCCAGGGUGCCGGGCCACCGGGCACCCCCGGCUGCGUGCCCCGGCACAGCGUCAUCCGCAGCCUGUUCUACCAGCAGGCGGGGGGUGAGGGCCCGGGGCCCGGGGCUGCGGCCGUGGGGGGCAGGCGGCACCCGGCCCGGCGGCGGCACCUGCUGAAGGGCGGCUACAUCGCCGGGGCGCUGCCCGGCCUGCGCGAGCCCCUGCUGGAGCACCACGCGCUGGAGGAGGCGGCUGCGGGGCAGGAGCGAGCAGUCCCCCUGGCCGAGGCCCCCUCCUCCGAGACCGCCCUUCAGCGGCCUGGUUCUGGCGCCCAGGGAGGCCCUGGCUGCAGCCGCUCCCUGGACCACAACCCACCACGCCCCGCCGGCCCCUCCACAGGGCCCUGCCGCCAGGGCCAGUGUGCUCCCCCAGCCCCCACGGGAGUGGCUGGUGGGGGCUCUGCCAGGGAAACGGGGCAGCCUGAGGGGUCCCCGCGGGGGCCUAGGCUAUUUCCAUCUACUAGUGGAGAAUCAGGCUCUGCGCAGCAGGAGGGGGCCUCCCGGGACAGCCCUCUCCGUCACCCCGAGUGGAGUUCUGCCCCCCAGGAGGGCUGCAGCUUCCCACCGGCGGUCGCCCCACAGCCUCCGGGCUCCUUCCCUCCAGACCGCUACCAGGAGGCCCUGGCGCCCCCGAGCCCCUUCUUGGGAGAGGCCCUGGCGCCCCCAUCCCCAGCAAGCGCCCUGCCAGACUCUAAGACAGGGCUGGACGACAUCUCUCUUCCUGGAUGGCCAAAGCCCAGCCCCUCCAGUUCCCUAGGGCCGGACUCACAGCUGGACACACAGCCCAGCCCCUCUCUGGACGCCAAGGGCCUGGCGCAGGAGGCCGCGGAUCUGUCGGACUCCACGCCCCCGACGCCCACCCUGCAGCGGCCUCAGGAGCAGGCGACCACGCGCAAGUUCUCCCUGGGGCGCCGCGGGGGCUACGCAGGAGUGUCAGGCUACGGCACAUUUGCCUUCGGUGGGGACGCGGGUGGCAUGCUGGGGCAGGGCCCCAUGUGGGCCAGGCUGGCCUGGGCCGUGUCCCAGUCCUCGGAGGAUCAGGACGACGCCGGGGCUGAGAGCCCGCUGCCCGAGGCCGGCGCCGAGCCCGUGCCCGAGGCCGGCGGGGCCCACUCCCGGGCCUCUCCGGAGCUGGCCGCAUGGGAGGACAGCGGAGAGGUGUCCCUGGUGCAGAUCCGGGACCUGUCAGGCGACGCGGAGGCGGCCGACACCGUAUCUCUGGACAUUUCCGAGGUGGACCCCGCCUACCUCAACCUCUCGGACCUGUACGACAUCAAGUACCUUCCGUUCGAGUUCAUGAUCUUCAGGAGGGUCCCCAAGCCCACGCAGCAGGAGCCGCCCUCACCUGAGGCGGAGGCCGGGGAGGGGCUGGCGGAGUUCCCGGAGGCCGCGUGGCCUUGGCCGGGCAAGCUGGGCCCCCCCACGGGCCUGCAGAUUAUAGAGGAGCCGGAGGACAUGGAGGCCCAGGCUGCUGUGGGCAGGAAACGCAAGUGGUCCUCCCCGACCCGCAGUCUCUUCCACUUCCCGGGGAAGUACCUGCCGCUGGAGGAGCCCGCGGAGCUCGGGCUGCGGCAGAGGGUGAAGGCCUCCGUGGCCCACAUCUCGCGGAUCCUGAAGGGCAAGCCUGAAGGUCUGGAAAAAGAGGGGCCCCCCAGGAAGAAGCCAGGCCUCACUUCCUUCGGGCUCUUGGGUCUGAAGAGCAGGGACCGAGCACCGUCGUUCCUAAGGGAGCUCUCGGAUGAGACUGUGGUCCUGGGGCAGUCAGUGACACUGGCCUGCCAGGUAUCGGCCCAGCCAGCCGCCCAGGCCACCUGGAGCAAAGAUGGGGCCGCGCUGGAGAGCAGCAGCCGCCUCCUCAUCUCCUCCACCCUCAAGAACUUCCAGCUUCUGACCAUCCUGGUGGUGACGGCCGAGGACCUGGGCAUGUACACGUGCAGCGUGAGCAACUCGCUGGGCACGGCGGCCACCACGGGCGUCCUGCGGAAGGCAGAGCGCCCCUCAUCUUCGCCGCGCCCAGACAUUGGGGAGGUGUAUGCGGAUGGGGUUCUGCUGGUCUGGAAGCCUGUGGAGUCCUAUGGCCCUGUGACCUACAUCGUGCAAUGCAGCCUGGAAGGUGGCAGCUGGACCACACUGGCAUCUGACAUCUUCGACUGCUGCUACCUCACCGGCAAGCUCUCCCGGGGCGGCACAUACACCUUCCGCACUGCGUGCGUCAGCAAGGCAGGAAUGGGCCCCUACAGCAGCCCCUCGGACCAGGUCCUCCUGGGAGGGCCCAGCCACCUGGCCUCUGAAGAGGAGAGUGGCGGGGGGUGGCCAGCCCAGCCUCUCCCCAGCACGCAGACCUUCGCCUUCCAGACACAGAUCCGGAGGGGCCGCUUCAGCGUGGUCCGCCAGUGCCGGGAGAAGGCCAGCGGGCGGGCGCUGGCCGCCAAGAUCAUCCCCUACCGGGCUGAGGACAAGACGGCCGUGCUGGGCGAAUACGAGGCCCUCAAGGGCCUGCGCCACCCGCACCUGGCCCAGCUGCACGCGGCCUUCCUCAGCCCCCGGCACCUGGUGCUCAUCCUGGAGCUGUGCUCGGGGCCCGAGCUGCUCCCCUGCCUGGCCGAGAGGGCCUCCUACGCGGAGUCCGAGGUGAAGGACUACCUGUGGCAGGUGCUGAGCGCCGCCCAGUACCUGCACGCGCAGCGCAUCCUGCACCUGGACCUGCGGUCCGAGAACAUGAUCGUCACCGAGUACAACCUGCUCAAGGUCGUGGACCUGGGCAGCGCCCAGAGCCUUACCCAGGAGAAGGUGCUGCCCUCGGAGAGGUUCAAGGACUACCUGGAGACCAUGGCUCCAGAGCUCCUGGAGGGCCAGGGGGCUGUUCCGCAGACAGACAUCUGGGCCAUUGGUGUGACAGCCUUCAUCAUGCUGAGCGCCGAGUACCCGGUGAGCAGCGAGGGGACGCGCGACCUGCAGAAAGGCCUGCGCAAGGGGCUGGUCCGGCUGAGCCGCUGCUACGCGGGGCUGUCCGGGGGCGCCGUGGCCUUCCUGCGCAGCACGCUGUGCGCCCAGCCCUGGGGCCGGCCCGGCGCGUCCAGCUGCCUGCAGUGCCCGUGGCUGACCGAGGAGGGCCCCGCCGGCUCGCGGCCCGCGCCCGUGACCUUCCCCACCGCGCGGCUGCGCGCCUUCGUGCGCGAGCGCGAGAAGAGGCGGGCGCUGCUGUACAAGAAGCACAACCCGGCCCAGGUGCGCUGA